AUGUCACAACAAUUCUUAUCAGAUUACAUGCACACACAUGUUCCUCUUAUGAUGUCGAACAACAGCCGCCUUCGUUCGCUUCUUCUCUUACUCUACCUCGUCUUUGCAAGCGUAGUCAUAGCUGCACAAGAGAAUGACAUGUACAUUGUUUUCUUGAGAGAUGAAGGGUCGGGCGAGAGAUUGCUCGAGACACACCACAGUGUCCUCUCUUCUUUAAAGGGAAGUGAGAACGAUGCUUCGGAGUCCCUUGUGUAUAGCUACACCAAAAUCUUCAAUGCAUUUGCUGCAAAGCUGUCUCAAGAUGAAGCCAGAAAGCUUUCAAAUAUGGAAGAAGUGGUGUCGAUUUUACCCAACAGAUACCGUAAACUACACACAACGAAGUCGUGGGAAUUCGUUGGCCUCGCUCCAAACUCAAGAAGGAACUCCAAGGUCGAGAGCAAUAUCAUCGUUGGCCUGCUUGACACGGGAAUCACUCCAGAUUCCGACAGCUUCAAGGACGACGGCCUUGGCCCGCCACCGGCAAAGUGGAAAGGGGGUUGUGCACCCAACUUCUCAGGAUGCAACAACAAACUUAUUGGAGCGAAGUAUUUUAAGCUGGACAAGAGGCCUGAUCCGGACGACGUCCUAUCGCCCUUGGACACAGACGGGCACGGGACCCACACGUCGUCCACUCUAGCAGGAGUCCCGGUCCCCAAUGCAAACCUUGAUGGUCUUGCACAGGGCACUGCACGCGGUGCAGUGCCCCAUGCUCGGGUGGCCAUGUACAAAGUCUGUUGGGCCUCCUCCGGGUGCUCUGACGCGGACAUCCUUGCUGCGUUUGAGUCAGCUAUUAGUGAUGGUGUCGACGUGAUAUCCAUCUCUAUAGGAGGCGUAACCGGGAGCUACACUGCAGACUCAAUAGCAGUGGGGGCCUUCCAUGCUAUGAGGAAAGGGAUCCUCACAGUGGCCUCGGCUGGCAAUGAUGGGCCGAACCAUGGCACUGUUGCAAACCACGCGCCUUGGCUUUUCACCGUGGGGGCGAGUGGGAUGGACCGGCAGUUCAGGAGCAACAUCGUGCUGGGAAACGGAGUCACGCUAUCGGGAGUUGGGAUAAGCACGUUCGAGCCAAGGCAGAAGCUGUACCCUCUCGCGAGUGGGAUGGACACUGCCAAGAGCUCGGAUACGAAGGAAGAGUCGCGCUACUGCCUCGAAAACUCCAUGGACCCCAACAAGGUGAAGGGGAAGCUUGUCUACUGCAAACUGGGUUCUUGGGGUACUGACUCUGUCAUCAAGGGCCUCGGUGGCGUUGGCAGCCUCAUCGAGAGCGACUCCUUUCUCGAUGCUGCACAGAUCUUUAUGGCUCCGGCGACCAUGGUGAAUUCCUCUGCAGGGAAGAGAAUCAAUGACUACAUUCAUUCAACAAAAACACCAUCUGCAGUUAUACACAGAUCAGAGGAAAUCAAGAUCCCAGCUCCCUUUGUGGCUUCAUUUUCUUCAAGGGGUCCCAAUCUAGGAACAAAGCAUCUUCUCAAGCCAGAUAUAACAGCUCCUGGGAUCGACAUCCUAGCAUCAUACACACUUCUGAAAUCGCUAACCGGACUGAAAGGCGACACUCAGUAUUCCAAGUUCAUCUUCAUGUCCGGUACAUCGAUGGCGUGCCCACAUGUAGCAGGCGCUGCGGCCUACGUGAAGUCGUUCCACCCCAACUGGUCUCCAGCAGCCAUCAGAUCUGCCAUCAUGACUACUGCAAAGCCUAUGAGCUCGAAAGUGGACAAGGAUGCUGAGUUCGCAUACGGGGCAGGGCAGGUUAAUCCGACUAGAGCAAUCAGCCCUGGGCUGGUGUAUGACAUGGACGACAUGUCUUACGUCCAGUUUCUAUGUCGUGAAGGCUACAAUGGAACCGGCAUCGGCAGUUUAGUUGGUCAGGGACCGAUAAACUGCUCGAAACUGGUUCCUGGAAAUGGUGAAGAUGCCAUCAACUAUCCAAGUAUGCAACUAGCCCUCAAGAAUAAGCAAGAACCUACCGUGGGAGUUUUCAAGCGGAAGGUGGUGAACGUUGGCACGCCUCAGGCAGUCUACAACGCCACCAUCACAGCUCCGGCAGGGGUGGAGAUUGUGGUGAAACCAGCCACACUCACCUUCACUAAGGCACUGCAGAGAAAGAGCUUCAAAGUUGUGGUGAAGGCGAAGCCUAUGUCCGACCAGGUUCUCGUUCUAUCGGGCUCACUCACAUGGAGAAGCUUCCACUGCACAGUGAGGAGCCCUAUUGCUGUAUACAACCCAUGGGCCAAUUAAUUAGACAAACUGAAUUAUGCAAAUAGAAUUCUUUUAAUUAUAGAAAGCCUGUAAAUGUUGGCAAUUGAAUAAAAAGGAAUCUGUGAA